UUAAGAACCGUUUUAUGGGGGAAAGCUUAUAGGGAAGAAAUGAUAGAAUCCGUUGUUGAUACGCAAGUGCAGAUUGAAAAACAUAUUCAAGCUGCACUUGUGGGACGGGACUAUUCGGUUGAGUCUCUUCUUGCGAAGAGGCACCAGAUCAGGGGGCUCAUCUUCUACCCAAUGGGAGAAGCGCUUAGUGAAAGGACUUACGCUUUGCACAUGAAGGAGAUUCUCCAGUUGGGUAAAGUGCAAAGCCUUCCAUUUUGGCGGGUUGAAAGGGCCAUAAAGGACUUUAAUCUCUUUCUUGAACUUGAAAGAGCGUAAAUUCUUCCAUUUUUGAUCCAAAUUUCCCACUCUUUCUGUGAGGCAAAACCUCACCACACUACACUACACUUCGACACAAGAGAAGAGGAUCGGGCGCUUUGUAUCUUCGGGAUAGGAGUUGGCGGUCUUCUUUAAGAGAACUUCAAUCUAAUAUUCAUUAUGAAUCAACUCAUGUUUCCACUCUAUUCUCAUUACGAGGAUAUAUCAAGUCAGGAUCCGUUGCUCAAACCGAAUCACGCAAACAUUAUGGAAGUUUCUGGAUCGUGUAAAAUAAUAGUAGUACCAAAGACAGCACCUUCUAUCAAAAAUGGAAAAUUGGCUAUGGAGAUUCUGUGCAGCCAGAAAUUAAAACAAAGGGCUUCAACAGGAAAGUCAUUUCGAUCCAAUCCAUUCUUGGGGUCAAAUAAAAACAAAAAAGGAUAUGUCAGUGACCUAGCACGACAAAGCACUCUCCGAGGGCAUGGAAUGUCACAUUUGGUCAAAAUAUCCACAGUAAUGUCUCUGUUAGAUUCUCCACUCGAAAUAAGGGAAAGGUCAAUUCAAUUCUCGAUGGAAACGGAACUUUGGGAAUUCUCCCCCAAACUGGAAGAUCAUUUCGAGAUCUUCUAACAUAUUCGAGGGUUCAAUGUUACUAUUGUAACCUCGGACAACACACAAGAUGAUACUUUACCACCGUGGAGUGGCUUUUUGCAAAAAGAUGAGGGCGAAACUCAGUAA